UUGACAUCAUAAAUAAUCCAUUACAUCAAUCUUUUUAUCAAGGAUUUGGAUAUGUAAAACGCGGACGAAGCUUGUUUGAUCAUCACACACACAGUCGUAGAAAAAGGUUACGUCAUUAUCGCUGAAAACUCGCGAGGAAAUCACUGAGAUUCUAUGCAACAUGUCAAUCGAUUCGCGUACUAGAAUUGUCUGGCGAGUGAGGGAGACAUGGUUGUUACUAGAAACGUGUGUGCUCGUAACUUGUGUUAUCUUUCAUGCCCCAUAAAAUUUUAGUCCAAGACUAGAAAUUUAUCAUUUUCUACUAUUAUUCAAUAAUAUAAUUAGAUUGAAUAAGUUAGGUUUUAUUAUAAAAAUACCAAAGAAAUGGACCGUAGUCAUCAUUUAAUGGUUACAUGGCUGGACACGUAGUGUUGCUUACCACUGCAAGUUUUUUUCUUUCUUUGCCUCCCACGAAUUAUUAAAAUUGUCUUUGUAUAAAAUACUUUUGAUGACGUCACUCAUAGAUUCAUAGUUUCUAAAAUGGUCUAGAAAAGGUUGUAAUGUGUAAGAAAUAAUAAACUUCGUUAAUGGCUACGUAUCUAGAGUGAGUCGACCACGUAAACACUAAUUGGACGUGUCAUGUGGUACGUACGCUUCCAUAGUUGAUAGUUCUAUUAUAGUACUAUUAUACACGAAUCCAUUAUGUAAAUUUUACAACUAAACAUAAUAUUUCUUAACCUACCACUGAUCAACAUUUUUAUGAAAUAGCUAAUUGUUACGAACAACCUAUUAGAAAGAGAUUUCUUAAUGGAUUGUUAGUAAAAAGGGUUACUUAGGACAUUGUUAUCUAUUUUAAUUUUAAUUUCCAUUUAAAACGUUAUGGUCAGUGGACAGAUAACAUAAUAGCACUAUGGUAAGUGGACAGAUAACAUGAUAAAUUUAAAUGCAGAAUUGCUUGUUUUAUUGAAAGACAUGCAUUGUUUGGAAUGUUGAUUAACUACAUUUUCAUUUUAGUUGGUGGUGAAAAAACAUAUAAUUUAACAUACACCACAAAAAAGAGUUGCUAAGUUACCACUUUUGUUCUCAGCCGUGUGAAGCUGAAUAUUCCUUCCUCUGAUCUUGCAGAUCCUUUGUACUUGUUUUGUUUUGUCUUUGGCGCGUACUUAUUGUGUAUAGUCCACGCAUACGUACCACUCAAAAGUCAUUUGGUUUACCUGUUUUCUCCACCAUACGUAUCUUUAUUGAAUGCAUUGUGACCAAAAUGUGUAUGCAAGUUUUUUGUUUGCUCGUUGAUCAAAGGCUAGAUAUCAAUUUCUUCUUACUAACAUGUGCUACAAGUCACAAUGAUCAAUGCAAAUUGCAUGACCGAAGGAUGAAGAUUGAUAUAUGUUGGAAAUUGUAAACUCGACAUGUAGCAAAACCUAUAUCUCUUCUUUUGAAAACCCAGUAAAGGUAUACCUAGUAGUCUAGUUAUUAGUUAGUAAAGGUAUCAAAAGUUUUUUCCCACUGGGUAUCAAUUAGAAGUCAGACUUUGUUUUAACUUCCUCUUAAUUCCCCCACCCAAUUGGGCCGAACCCAAAUAGCUCCAAAAACCAACAUAGUGGCCCAUUAAAAAAAAUCUAGAUUUGAACCAAACCGGAUUAAUCCAUUGCGAGUGAAACCAGUUUGGCAUUUUUCACAAUUGACUGAAGAAGCCAUAAGAAUCAGGGUUUAAGGAGAAAAUCACAAUCCAAGGAAGAAGAAGAAGUAUGGAGUCAGAGCACUAACCCAUGGAACAGUUCCUCUGAUGGGCAGGAGAGCUUGGCGUUUCAGAUUACACAGAUCCUUCUCGAUCUCACCAUUCAUGUCUCGGCCAUUAUGGGUUUACGUUAGAAGAGAAUUCAAACGACAAGGUCUUUAUAUAUUCCUCUAGAGAUCAGCCUUUAUGCGCUCUAGCUUCUUCAUGGCCUAAAGAUUCUUUAUACAUUCAUCAAGACGGUAAGCCAUCUUUGCGCUUGUAUCCACGUUGAGACUGUGGGGCGAAGCUAGACUAUUCAUCUAAUGGGUGCACUUUUACUAAAAAAAUGUAACUUAGAUACAUGUGAACAUCGAACUUGAAUUAAUACGGGUGCAAAGUUAGUUUUUUGCCAUCUAAUACAACAAAAAAUAGAUGAUUUUACACAGAAAAAUAUAAAUAUCAAUAUUAUUAUGGGUGUACGUGCCCACAUAACUAUGAACCUGCCUUCGCCCCUAGCUGUGGCAUAUCCCACAGAGCCAGCGUGACAAGUCGGUUACGCGCCUCAUCUAUGCCUGGUUCUCAGAUAUCUGUGAAGAAUGAGAUUCGAGUCAGGAAGUGGGUGGCAGAAAAAUGUGGAAGUGUUUUAAAGGAUUUGCCAAAAUCUCUCCUAGAGGAUAGAGUGAUUCUUCAGGACAUUGACAAGCUCCAAAACCCUGAAUUGCCUCUGGAGCAAGCCUGAUCAUGUGUAUGUACUGGGAGAGUGCAUUUGCACAGAGUCCGUUACAAUUUUUGAUUUUUUUUGUAGUCCAAAUUAGGGUCUAAUAGUUUUUUGAAAAAAAAAAUGGUAUGAAAAAAAUGUUCUUUAGCUUAUGGCCCAUAUUUCUUAUAUUGCAACAUAACAAUUUAAAUUUGGAUAUGAAGCAUACCAUCUCUUUCCUUACCUAAUUAGUUUAACUUAAAUCUUUUGUGGAGUGUUACCGCCAAAUUACUAAUCGUUUCCAUUUAUAUUAUUGCAAUAUAUUUUAAAAAAUAUUAUUUAUUAUCACACUGAUUUUAGUUAAUUUAUAUUACUUUAAUGUAAAAUUGACAAAAGAAAAUUAUUUUAGGAUAUUGUGAAUUUAUCAAGCAUUAGUUUUUUUUUAAGUGUUUGCAUGAAGAUCUUAUAAAUAUUAGAAGUGCUGUUCAUAAUUGAUUGUUCUCAACUAACUAGAUGAAACAGUCGACAUUCACUAUUCAUAUCCAAAACUUUCACCAUGGUAGGAACUUUUUACUUUGACAUCCAACAUAUUUUAAGAGCAAAAAAACAUAAUGGUAAUUGGCAUGUACACUGCUGCUCAAAAUCUUUCUUUAGUUAUUGUUUGACCAAAAAAGAAAAGUUAUUGAUUAUAUGAAUAUCGUUCUUUCUAUUUGAAUUUUUGAAUCGGUAAUUAGUUAGAAUUAGUUUUUAGUUAAAAAAUCCAUAAAAGUUCAACUAUAUUUUAUACAUAAGGACAAAAAGCAGUUGCAUCACAAUUCACAUCGUAGUUCACUUAUGGUAAGAAAAUUUGCACAAAAAAAAAAUACACUUUAGAAAAAGAGGAGAAGCACAAAAAGUGACCGUUUGAAAUUCGAAUUUGAAUUUAUCAUUUCUCGGCGUCUGAGAUUCGAAUUCAAAAAAAUACCCGACACCGAUGAGUGACGUGGCAUUAACUUAAAUAGGUGAGUGGAUGCAUUCUUCGUAUAAGUCACAGAGACAUAGGAAUUUAAAUUUUGCCUACGCUCCGUCAAAACAACGGAGAGGUUUCUUAUAAAUUCAAAAAACAAAAAACCAUUCCUUCAUUUUAAAUUCUCAUCUCUCUCUCACUCACUCAACUCAAAUUUCUCGAGGAUUUGGAGAAAUGUCGAAGACUACUAAUCAGAACCGGCGGCCUUCUUUCACCUCGUCGACGGAAUCGUCGAUGAGGAAACGUCACGGUCCACCACCAUCUUCUUCUUCGGCAGUGAAACCAAUCUCUAACACGGCGGUUAUGGUGGCCAAGAAACGAGCCCCAUUGGGUAACAUCACUAAUCAAAAGAAGGAUUCACGAAUAUUCCCUAAUUCAUCUUCUGCUGAUUCCGCACAUUGUCCGAACAAGUCUGCGAAAUUGAAGUUGGCGGCACCAACACAACCUGUUUGCGUUAAUGCCUGUGAGACAAAGUCUACAUGUGAAGAAGAAGUGGUUCCUAUCGAGAGGAAGGCAUUUAGCAAUCUAUGCAUAACCCCGAGUUCAGACACAACUACUAAUGUCAUGUCUGAAACGGAGAAUAAGGAGGAUAAGUUUAUGAACAUCGACAAUAAGGAUGAUGCGGAUCCGCAGCUCUGUGCAACGUUUGCUUGUGAUAUCUACAAUCAUCUCCGUGCCGCCGAGGCAAAGAAGCAGCCUGCCGUUGACUACAUGGCGACUGUUCAGAAAGAUGUCAACUCUACUAUGCGCGGAAUCCUUGUUGAUUGGCUUGUUGAGGUAUCAGAAGAGUAUAGGCUUGUACCGGAGACGUUGUAUCUGACAGUGAACUACAUUGAUAGAUAUCUAUCUGGCAAUGUGAUUAGUAGACAGAAGCUUCAGUUGCUUGGUGUGGCUUGUAUGAUGAUAGCAGCAAAAUAUGAAGAGGUAUGUGCACCACAAGUGGAGGAGUUCUGUUAUAUCACUGAUAAUACAUAUCUCAAGGAUGAGGUUCUUGACAUGGAAUCUGCUGUUUUGAAUUACUUGAAGUUUGAAAUGUCAGCCCCAACAGUCAAGUGCUUUCUAAGACGCUUUUCUCGGGCUGCCCAGGGGGUUCAUGAGGCUCCGUGUAUGCAGUUAGAGUGUAUGGCCAGCUACAUUGCGGAACUGUCGCUUUUGGAGUACACAAUGCUCUCUCAUUCUCCUUCACUCGUUGCUGCUUCUGCAAUUUUCUUGGCUAAGUAUACUCUAGACCCAACAAGAAGACCAUGGAAUUCGACGUUGCGACACUAUACGCAGUACGAAGCGAUGGAAUUGAGAGGGUGUGUUAUGGAUCUUCAACGGUUGUGUAGUAACGCUCAUGUCUCUACUCUUCCUGCUGUAAGGGACAAGUAUAGUCAACACAAAUACAAGUUUGUGGCAAAGAAGUUUUGUCCAUCAAUUAUCCCACCAGAUUUCUUCAAGAACAGCUUGUAUUGAUUGAUCAAUUUUCAAAUUAACUUUGUUCCAAUCUUGCGUUGGAUUGUCCUUUGUUCUUGGUUAAUCUCUUUGUCUCCUUUUUAGUUGUUUUCUUAUGAUGUAAUCUACCAUUAUAAGUAAAGGCAUCAUCAUAAAUUAGAGAUCUGACUUUGUUCAACU